CCGAGCAGCGUUAGCGUCAUUAGCAUUAGCACGGUUAGCUCGUGUGUGUUACGUGUUGUUUAUUUUCUUUUAAACUUUCACAUUUACGGUGAAAACACAAACGCGGAGGAGAAACGGACGUGGCGCCGUCACGCCGCGCGCUCAGUUUGAGCUCAGAUUUGUCCUGAUGCUGACCUCUGCGUGACCUCUCUGUGACCCCUGCGUGACCCGUGCGGCGGCGAUGAGCGCGGAGCCGUGCGUGUACGAGCGUCUGUGGGAGUCGAUCGCGGUGCUGCGGGAGUCGGGGCAGAGGUACGGCAUGAGCGAGAGAGACAUCGAACGAUUCAUCACACAAGUCCUGGAGACCAACGAACCUCAAGAACAACACAACGCCUUCCCCCUGCUCAGGACCACCGCCAAGUGUGCGUUGGGCGUGCUCCUGGUCCUGGUCCUGGUCUUGGUCUUGGUCCUGGUCCUGGUCCAGGUCCAGCCUCUUCCGUCCUCUCAGUCGGUGAGUUUGGGUGUGAACUGGUCGUGUCCCCUGAGAGUCGCUCGUCUGCUGCACCUGCCCAUCGCCCACAAGUACAACCUGCACGGGUACAGAGGAUGGUUCGGGACUCGUCGUUUGCUUCCUUCUUCGUUGAACUCGUCGGUUUCGUUGGAGGCUCCUGUCGUCCUCAAGGGUGGAGCCUCGUCGCGGCGGCGGCGCCCUCUGCCGGAGCUGGACGUCUGCGGCAGGAACGAGCGUCCGCCGCGCCCCAACGCCUCGGACCACGCCCCCUAGAGCCCGCGCCGUCUCUGAUUGGACGGGGCGGCUGUCAGUCACACACCCACGACGACCAAUGAAAUGAGAGAACGGAGCGGCGAGACGUGAAAGACGUUUCGGUUGAAAUCAGAGUUUGCGGACGAGCGUUUGUGUCUGAAAACCUAAAGCUGCACUGUGGAACUUUCUGUCGGGACGUCCGGCACCUCCUGGUUUCCACGGAGACGUCACUGAUCUGCCUGGAAUGUUCCGCAGUGUGACAUUAAACAGAUCGACCUUAAAUUUAUUCAACUACAGGACAAGGACUGAACCAGGACUGAACCAGGACUAAACCAGGACUAAACCAGGACUAAACCAGGUCUAAACCAGGUCUAAACCAGGACUAAACCAGAACUAAACCAGGACUAAACCAGAACUAAACCAGGUCUAAACCAGGAUUAAACCAAGUGUAAACCAGGUCUAAACCAGAACUAAACCAGGUCUAAACCAGGACUGAACCAGGACUAAACCAGGACUAAACCAAGUGUAAACCAGGUCUAAACCAGGACUAAACCAAGUGUAAACCAGGACUGAACCAGGACUAAACCAAGUCUAAACCAGGACUAAACCAGGUCUAAACCAGGACUAAACCAGGUCUAAACCAGGACUAAACCAGGUCUAAACCAGGACUAAACCAAGUCUAAACCAGAACUAAACCAGGUCUAAACCAGGACUAAGCCAGGACUAAACCAGUCUAAACCAGGUCUAAACCAGAACUAAACCAUGUCUAAACCAGGUCUAAACCAGGUCUAAACCAGGACUAAACCAGGACUAAACCAGGUCUAAACCAGGUCUAAAUUAGGACUAAACUAGGACUAAACCAGGUCUAAAUUAGGACUAAACCAGGUCUGAACCGGGUCUAAACCAGGACUAAACUGUAAAGACGUUUGAGCUUCCACCAGAAAAGUUCCCCAGUGCAGCUUUAGUGUUGGUUUGUUUUGGUGUUUGGUCGUUUCACUUUGUCUCAGUGUUGAAUCAUGUUUGUUUGUUUGUUUGUUUGUUUCUGAAUCGUGCCAUCGUUUGUUGUAAAUAAUGAAGAUAUUUAAUGUUUUAAUGACGAUGUUUCAAAUCAUGUCGAGUUUCAAAGUAAAAGCAGAUUUAAUUUAUUGUAAAGUUAAUUUGUCCAAACCACUUUAUGGAGAAGAUUUUAUUUUGAAAAGUCUGAACGUGACGGAGCUCAGAGAAUUUAAAUAAAAACUCUAUUCUGUUAA